AGCAUGUCGGUGCAGGUGGAGGCGGUGAAGGUGCUGCGACGGCUGGUGGGGGAUGUGCACCGCUACAUCGAGCACAUCACGCUCGCGGCCGCCCCGCCGUUGUCCGUCUCGCCCCAGAGUGACCCUGCCUCCCGGCCCGUGGCCCCACCCCCCUCGGCCCCGCUGGCUGUGAGCUCCCUCCCCAUCCAGCUGGCGCUCCUGCACGACGACGUCCUCCUGGAGCGCUUUCACUUCGACCGUGCCACCAUAGCGUACCUGUGCUCCCUCCUCAGGCCGCAUGUAUCGAACACCUGGAUGCAGGUGGAGGGGACGGUUUGUGCCGCGCUUGCGUUCUACACCACCGGCGCCUUUCAGUCCCCGAUGGGGGACUGCUUCGAAAUCGACCCAGCAGUGGUCAGGAACGUGGUCGAGCUUGUGUCGGACGCUCUUGUGACCGUUUCGGACCAGUUCAUCAAGUUUCCCUCCUUGGCGGUUCAGAAGCAGGUGCAGCAGGACUUUCUGAGCGUCGCCGGGUUCCCGGGGGUGGUGGGAGCGCUCGGCUGCACCCACAUCGCCAUCAGGCGCCCCGAGGUGAACCCCAACCUGUACGUCAACCGCAAGCACUUCUACUCCAUGAACCUGCAGAUCACCACGACGGCAGACUGCAGGAUCACCAGCGCCGUGGCACGCUUCCCGGGCUCUUUUAGCUGCGCACACGUCCUACAGCACAGUCCCCUGGAGGCGCUCUGCAGCAAGGGGGGCCUUGGCAAGGGCCACCUCAUAGCCCACUCUGGGUAUCCCCUCCACCAGUGGCUGCUGCCGCCCCUCCAGAACGCUCAAACCAAGGCAGACGUGCGCUACAACGAGGCGCUGAGGCAGAGCCACGCGGUGGUGGGCAGGACGGUGCGGCUGCUGAAGGCCCGCUUCCCCUGCCUGGACCGCGCGGUGCUGCCACUGCAGUGUUCCCCGAGGGCCAGCGCCCGUGUCAUCCUGGCCUGCUGUGUGCUGCACAACAUCGCCCUGCUCCGCGACGUCAAGCUGCCCGGGCAUGGCGCCGGCGCCCUCGCCGACCUCACCGCCCUCGCCCACCUCCCCUCUGCCCACGACGACUACAACUGCGAGAGUGACGAUGAGGCACUGUCCGACAGCGAGGAGAUCGUGGCCCUCAGGGUCACUGCCGGCCAGGAGAAGCAGGCCUUCACCAUACAGCAAUUUUUUGCAUAGGGCGAGAAGAAUUCCCAUUUUACAAUGGGUUAGCACAUUUCAGUGUGAUAACCUACGGCAAGCCUGGGGCUGAUCAGGUAGAAGAUAGACUUGGCAUCACUGACUAUAGAAAGCCUGAUAUAAAGACUACACAGUAUUAUCUUCCAGUUAUAGUAAGUGGGUGUAAG